AUGCCAGUCCAAGCUCCUAUACCCGUCAUAGUAGAAGAGGAAGAGAUUACGGAGACUGAAAAACCAGCCAAAUCGAACAUUGCUGCAAACAUACCAACAGACGCCAUUGUGACUCUGCCAUCUCAGAUAUCAACUAGACUGUAUUCUAGAACAUCUGGGUCCCUGUAUGCUGGUUCUCGCUUUGUGGGAGAGCAGAAGUCUGGACAUAAUAGUUAUGUUGUUUCUGUUGAGAUCCAGCAUGUGGACUUGAGAGAAUCGUCAUUGUGUGGAUACUUGAACAUUAAGGGACUUACACAGGAUUGGCCAGAUCUGUGUACCUUCUUUGAUGCUGAAAUCAUUGGACCCAAAUACAGCUUCUUAACUCGGAAGUGGGACGCCGAUGAAGCGAUUGACCGUCAACAUUGGAUGAAAUUCCCAUCAUUCGCCCCAUACAAUCGCAUCUUCAACAAUGAUUCAUUCGUAUACGACUUUGAGAAUGAGGAUGUGGUAUUCAUGAGGUGGAAGGAACACUUCUUGGUGCCAGACCAUCAAGUAAAGUCGAUACAAGGAGCAAGCUUUGCAGGAUACUACUAUAUUGCUUAUGUCAAGUCUCGUAAUUCCAUAACCGGGUUUUAUUAUGGACUCCCUCCACGCCCAGGCCCUCGAACAGGACGUGGAUUACCCUCUAAGCGACCCAUCGAUGGAGUAUCUACCAUAAUAGCUGUCGCAUCUGGGAAAGGUGGUGUUGGCAAGUCCACUACUGCUGUCAAUCUAGCAGUCGCAUUCGCAUCACUAGGCAAAUCCGCUGGUUUACUCGAUGCCGAUUUGUUUGGUCCUUCGAUACCUCGCAUGAUGAAUUUGUCGAAUCUCAAGGCUGAACUGGACUCGACGAGCAAGAAGCUGAUGCCCUUAUCGAAUUACGGAGUCAAAUGCAUGUCAAUGGGAUUCCUUGUCGAUGAAGACGCAGCGGUCGUUUGGAGAGGACUUAUGGUCAUGAAAGCAAUCGAACAACUUGUUCGUGAUGUCGAUUGGAGUGGUACUGAUGUGCUGGUGAUUGAUAUGCCGCCUGGAACUGGGGAUACGCAGUUGACUAUAACGCAGAUAUUGCCAUUGACUGGUGCCGUGAUUGUAUCGACACCACAGGAUGUAGCACUCGCUGAUGCCAAGAAGGGAAUAUCAAUGUUUGAAAAAGUUAAUGUUCCAAUACUAGGCCUCGUACAAAACAUGAGCUACUUUGAAUGUCCGAAAUGUCAUUCAACAACACAUAUAUUCGGUCGUGAUGGUGUUGAAAAGACUGCCAAGACACUAGGAAUACCCGUGCUAGCUGAUUUACCACUAAAUGCAGAUGUAUGCAGUACAUCAGAUGCUGGGACGCCUAUUACAGUUACGCAACCGAAUAGUAUACAUGCUCAAGCGUAUACCGCUAUGGCCAAGAAACUGUUGGACUUGAUGUGA